AUGAUUCCGAACUUGCGGCUCGCGUUGAUAGUUUCGAUAUGUACAGCGAAAGCGAUGGCUGACACUUGCUUGAGCCAAGGUGAGCUAGCGGGCGUGGUGUUCGGUUCGGUUUUCGGUACGCUGCUAAUUUGUUUAUCGGUGGGAGCCGUGCUCUAUUGUUUCCUGAGGCGAUCGGGGAAAGCAAAAACAACUCUUGUGAAAGCGGCGACAAGCACCGAGGCUCCAAAAAUCGUUGAUAAAGGCAGCGACGCGGAGAAAGCGCAAAAAAACGACAAAGUGGAUGCUCUUGCAGCCGUGGCAUUGAAAUCAAAAGAUUUAUCUGGUUUGGGUUUCUCUGUGCGCGGAUCAAUGAGUGAAGGGAUUUACAUAAGAGAUGUGUUACCACAAGGGCCAGCGCAAGAGUCGCAGAAUGUUUUUGCUGGGAGAAAGAAAGAAGAAAGAAGAAAGAAGAAAGAAAGAAGAAAGAAAGAGGAAAGAAAGAAGAAAGAAGGAAGAAGAAAGAAGAAAGAAAGAAAUUUAAGCUAUAAUAGU